CCGACCUGGGCGGCGGUGGCCGGCCUUCUCCUCCUUCACCCUUCCCUACGCUUUACCAUGGGGACCCUACGGGUGUGAGGGGCCACGCUGCCUGCGGCCAGCUGUAGGGGCACCGCGUCCCUGUUGCCGUGCUAAUAAGAGGCCACGAGUGGCCUUGGCUGGGUGCUUGGCGCUGCUGAGGGGGCGGCCUGGGCCGCGCUGCCCUCGGCCUCUCCUCACUGUCUCCUCCUCUUUCCUAAGGCUGUGCUGAUCCCUGCACCGGCCCGGCCUCGUCCGUUUGGCUCCCGACUUCUAAACUUGAAAAGUUUGAAGCGGAGCACUGAUGUGGAAGACACUGGUGACUGUGAUGAGAUGCUAACAACAGAAAAGAAUCCACGUGUGUAGUGGGAGAGGAUCUGUCCCGGCCGAGCCCGUAGCUAUGCAGCCUGUAGGGAUCGCCGGUGUUUAGAGAUUCGAGGUGCCAUGCCGGGGAAACGCACCGCGAAGAAGAGCCCGGUGCCGGAAGAAGAAUCUCCUGGAAGGAAGAAGAUUAAAAUCUGCCACCCGUCCCACCGCACGCAGCCCGGCCUGGUGCUGACGCUGGGACAGGGAGAUGUUGGCCAGCUGGGCCUGGGCGAGGACGUGAUGGAGAGGAAGAAGCCGGCUCUGGUGUCGUUGCCGGAGAUGAUGGUGCAGGUGGAAGCCGGAGGGAUGCACACGGUGUGCCUCAGCCAGACGGGAAAAAUCUACACGUUUGGCUGCAACGAUGAAGGUGCUCUUGGGCGCGACACCUCGGCAGAAGGGUCAGAGACCACGCCGGGGCUGGUGGAGCUGCAGGAAAAGGUGGUGCAGGUCUCUGCGGGGGACAGUCACACAGCCGCGCUGACAGAGGAUGGCAGGGUCUUUGUCUGGGGCUCUUUCCGGGAUAACAACGGGGUGAUCGGUUUGCUGGAGCCCAUGAAGACGAGCUCUGUUCCUGUGCUGCUCCAGCUCAGUGCACCCGUCGUUAAAAUUGUCUCAGGAAAUGACCACUUGGUGAUGCUGACGGUGGAUGGUGACCUCUUCACGUGCGGCUGUGGUGAGCAGGGCCAGCUGGGGAGAGUGCCGGCGCUCUUUGCCAACCGAGGAGGAAGGAAAGGGCUGCAGCGCCUGCUGGUCCCCCAGCGCGUCCCUGUCAGAGGCAAAGGCAACAGAGGCAAAAUGCGCUUCCAGGAUGCCUUUUGCGGGGCUUACUUCACCUUCGCUGUCACACAGGAAGGACACAUCUAUGGAUUUGGCCUCUCCAACUACCACCAGCUGGGGACCCAGGGCACCGAGCCCUGCUUCUCCCCGCAGAACCUGACGUGCUUCAAGAACUCCACCAAGUCCUGGGUCGGGUUCUCCGGCGGGCAGCACCACACUGUGUGCGUCGACUCGGAGGGUAAAGCCUACAGCCUGGGCAGGGCAGAGUACGGCCGGCUGGGCCUCGGGGCAGGGGCGGAGGAGAAGAGCACACCCACGGUCAUCCCGGAGCUCCCCAGCAUCUCUUCUGUCGCAUGCGGUGCGUCGGUCGGCUACGCCGUCAGCAGCGACGGACGAGCGUUUGCCUGGGGCAUGGGCACCAACUACCAGCUGGGCACAGGGGACGAGGAUGACGUCUGGAGCCCUGUGGAGAUGACGGGCAAGCAGCUGGAAAACCGCACGGUCCUGGCCGUGUCCAGCGGUGGCCAACACACUGUGCUGCUGGUCAGGGACAAGGAGCAGAGUUGAUGAAGCGACACCACGCAGCCGAGCCCAGCGGGAUCGCGGGACCCGUGCACCCCCCCCCCACACACACACACCUUCCACCCAGGUCGGGCAACCGGUUUCCAGCUCUGGUUUCCCACCAGCGUGGUGGGGAGGGCGGGAGGCUCCUGGAGCUGGGCCCUGGCGGCAUCUGCGUGGCUGGAGCAGGGCUCUUCAGGGAUGCUCGUGUUUUUUCCCCCAUGGUGCUCGGUGCUCUGUCAGCUCCCCCAGCUCGGCUUGGUCCUGCACUGAUCUCGUGCUGUGGCUGGAUGGGUUUUCCAUUUCUCAUUUGUUUUGGUGGUUUUUUUAAAAUAUUUCCUGGCCCAGCAAAGGUGAGGGCUUUGUUCUUCACUACACAAAAGGGUUUGGGCAUCGGGCUUUCUGAGGUCCCCGUGUUCCCCCGGUCUUUGGGUGCUCCCCUGUUCUGUUAAACUGAACAUCUUUUACCUCUCCGACUUGGAUUUUUCUGCUGCCACCCGCCAAACCCCUCUGGGCUCGCUCCGGGUGAGAUCUCAGCCCAGCAGGAACACUCCUGGGGACCGCUCUCCUCUCACCCCACUACUUGUGGCUGUGGUGGGAGGAUGCUGCCGGGCGGCUGGGAGCCUGCGAGGGGGAAAACACUGCUGGACGAUGCCCAGCCCAUGCUGCACACAGAGCUGUGGCUGCUGGAGAAGGGAAGGGGGGUUCCUGCCUCCCACCCACCACCCCUUCAAGGUCUGAGCCAAAAUCCCGCAGGCAGCGAGGCUGGCGCCUGCAGUGGUCACCUCCAGCGCUGCUUUUUGCAGUCCCAGCCGCUCUCGCUCUUUCACGUUGCCUUUGGAAACUCAACAAAAUCCAUCCCACCGUGGGGACUUUGUUAUUUUAAUUUUCUCUCUUCCCUUUGCUGAGGAAGGAGCUUUAUUUGCUGUUAGGGCCUCGCUGAGAAGACACAACCAAAACCCAGCUAUGCAUCGAAUCACUCGAAACAACGUGAUUCCCUCCGUCCCAUCGCCUCCGGUCUCAGUCCAACUGGUCUCGCUCCCUGCGCCCGGCCCGGCCCAUCUUCUCUUUCCCUGCUGCCCUCCAGGUACCUGGACUGAGAAGGGGGUCUGCAAAGAUUAAAUUUUAUAUGUUAAGUUAUAGCAAUAGGGGGAAAUGGGGGGAGUGUGCGGGGUGGGGGGCUGGGACUUGUACAAUGGCUCAGAAUAGGUUGAAUUUUUUUAAAAGAAAAUGUAAAGUAUUUUGGUUGAUUAAUCAAGGAAGAGAGGAAAAAAAACCUGUUAUCUUUUAACGUUUGGAAUAAACUGAGUUUUGAUAAA